GAGAAAAAAGCAGGCCAAUUUAAUUAAGCAAAGAUCAAAUUUAGAAAUUAAUUAAACACAAUGGGGAGGACUCCCUGUUGUGAUGAAAGUGGUCUCAAGAAAGGACCCUGGACUCCUGAAGAGGAUCAAAAGCUUGUGCAAUACAUUGAACAACAUGGACAUGGAAGUUGGAGAGCUCUUCCAAAGCUUGCAGGUCUCAAUAGAUGUGGGAAGAGUUGCAGGCUAAGAUGGACAAACUACUUAAGACCCGAUAUCAAAAGAGGCAAAUUUUCUGAAGAAGAGGAGCAAACAAUUCUACAUCUCCAUUCUAUCCUUGGAAACAAAUGGUCAACAAUUGCAACACACUUAGACGGCCGAACGGACAAUGAAAUCAAGAACUUCUGGAACACACAUUUGAAGAAAAAGCUGAUCCAGAUGGGUUUUGAUCCAAUGACCCAUCAGCCAAGAACUGACCUAUUUUCCAACUUGUCUCAGCUUUUAGCCCUAGCUAACCUGCAGGAUCUCAUGCAGCAAUAUCAGCCAUUGGAACACAUUAAUCAACAUGCAGCAACAUUACACGCAGAUCAAGCCGUUCAAUUGGCCAAGCUUCAAUACAUCCAGCAUUUACUCCAAUCCGUAGCUUAUACAAGCAACAAUGACAGUUAUACCCAGAACAGAAGCACAGAGAUGGAAAUGGAUGAUCAGGCUUUUAAUUUGUUAAACUCGAUUAAUAUUCCUCCUAUCAAAGAAAACCCGAAUUUUAAUUCACUACAACUGGAAAAUCCAAGCUCAUUUUCUCAUGGAUAUGGUGGUAAUUCUUCUCAACUACUCCACCAUCAUCAAACCCUACUGCCUCAUGACCUAGCAGACCCACAAGUCCCUUUCAGUUCUCUACCAUCUUUGAAUAACAGUGAUCAUGAAAUGGGCCAGGGCUCCAACUUUACAGUGGUCCGUAGUCAAGAAAAUAACCCAUCCGAUGAAUCUCCAUGGUUUAAUAAUCUUCUAUCUCCUACCGCUCCUUCUAUUCCUCCAACCAGCAAUGUUCCUGGAGAUGCGUGCUGCAGCAGGUCUAGCUAUGGAGGAAGAAGUAGUGAUUCUUCAUCCUACUGGCCUGACCUUUUUCUUGAGGACGCCAAUUAUGGUUGAGAAUUCUUACUUAACGAUUAUUUUUACAGAUUGAGAAAGAUUCAGUGUGGUUGCAGUUUUUGUCGUUGACUUGUUAAUUAUCGCCUCUUCCUACAUGCAUUUGCAAGCGUAUAUAUACCCACUACAGAUACGUGUGAUGUCAUGCAUAUCUAUGAUUACUUGUACAUGUACAAACUAGCUUGUAUAAGUUUACGCAUUAUAUAUACAUAUAUAUGUAUGUAUGUAUGUAUGUACAUUAUUGUCAUGGCAUGAGUAUUUAAAUUUACCCUC